ACCGGCCAGACUUGAGAUGAAUUAGAACUUCAUUCAAAUUAAAUUAAAUUACCAUUAACCCAAUUUAUACAGACUUCAAAUAAGUUUCAAUUUCACAGCUUACAGCAGAAUUAUCAUCGAAAAUGGAUCGCGAAGAGCAACUCGAUAAACGUAUAGCCUUUACAGUAAGCGGGAAAGUUCAAGGAGUCAAUUUUCGCUGGUUCACACAGAAGAAAGCGAGGGCACUUGGACUUGUUGGUUGGGUACGCAAUACAGAUGACGGAAAGGUAAAAGGCGAGGCUCAAGGCUCUGCCUCCCAAAUCGAAAGUUUACGCGCAGAUCUCAAAGAGGGGCCACCUCAUGCAAAUGUCACAGGGUAUGAAGACAAGGAGCUGGAUCUUAAGGGGAAAGGGGUGGCCGAGGGGAGGUUUGAGGUUUUAAGAUAGUGGAUGCUGAUUUUGAAAGAUUAUGUGUUCGUCUGGAUAUCAGAGUAUGAAAUGAUGAUAUGUCAGUCUAUCAAUGUUCAUUAUAGCUUCCAACCCAUAUCAGCGCGGAUCUACCGAUACCUACUAGGUAGCUGUAGAUUGCGGGUACGUAGUUCACUACGGGUAGAUAGCGAGGCGGACUCAAAAAAUUCCCCUUAAUGAUGUAGAUGAAAUGUUAUUCAAUGAUUGGAAUUGGGUAAUGAUAGUGAAGAGC